AUGAUGAAGAGAGACCUCAGUCGUCACAGCUUCAUCUCAGCCAAACUGAGGAGAAUGGGCACUCUGUGGAACCAGACUCAGAUCAAUGUCCAGAAGCUAUUAGAGGUCAAAAAUGAGUUUUUCCCUGAGCAGAAUUGGAAUCCUAGACUGGACCAGAAGCCCCCACGGAUUAAACAGGAAGAGGAGGAGGCUGAUAUCACUGAGUUCAUUUCCUGUCCUGUCCCAGUAAAGAGUGAAGAUGCAGAAGAGCAGUCUCCAUCCUCAGAGCUUCAUCGCAGUGGGACUGACGCAGUCAGAGGCUCUGUUGGAGCAGAUCCUGAAGAUCAAACCUCAGACUCUUCAGAGACGGAUGUCAGUGAUGGACACUGGGAGAGCAGUGAAUCUGAGUCAGAUAAAAACUCUGAGAAAGGUAAUGAACACUCUGUAGCUGGUGAGAAUAAGGAAUCGCACAGCUGUCCAGAAUGUGGGGAAACAUUUAGUCUUAGAAAAUAUUUAAUAAGGCAUCAAAGAAUUCACACAGGAGAGAAACCUUUUCGUUGUUCUCUCUGUAAACAAGUUUUUGUGUAUAAACAUGCUCUGACAAUACAUGUGCAAAAUCACAGUGAGGAGAAACCUUUCAGUUGCGCCGUUUGUGGUCAGAACUUCAGAAGGAAGGGAUGGGUAACUCAGCACAUGAGACGUCACACAGGAAGAAAACCUUACAUGUGCGAAGUCUGUGAAAAGGCUUUUGUGUGGAAACAAGAUUUAGUCGAACACACAAAAGUCCACGCGGAUGGAAAACAUUUCAUCUGCUCCGUCUGUAGUGCACCUUUUUUAAGUGAAAGAACUCUAACAGAACACUCGAAAAUCCACAGUGGAGAGAAACCUUUCAGCUGCCAUCUUUGUUCAGUGGCUUUUAUAAGAAACAGCGUUUUGAAGCAACACAUGAGAACUCACACCGGAGAGAAACCGUUCAGCUGCUCGGUCUGCAGCCGAAACUUUAGCUUCAAAGCAAGUCUUCAUCAGCACAUGAGAUGUCACACAGAAGAAAAGCCGUAUGUAUGCUCCGUCUGUAAGGCUGCUUUUAAAUGGAAACAGGCGUUUGUGUAUCACACGAGGAUCCACACGGGAGAAAAACCUUUCAGCUGUUCCGUCUGUGGAGAAGCUUUUAAAAGGAAAGAAGAAUUGGUCCAACACGCAAAAAUCCACAGCGAAGCAAAAUUCAUCUGCCAGGUCUGCAGUCAGAGCUUCACUGCGGCCGUUCGUUUAACUCGUCACAUGAGAUUUCACGAAGCAACUUUUAAAAGGAAAGACAGUGUAAAACCACACAUGAGACUCCACACUGACGAUGAAGCAUACACCUGCAGGGGCUGCAAUAAACACUUCUGCCAGCUGUCGUGGGCCAAAGCACAUCGGCAGCGCUGUCCAGGCGGCAGCAAGGAGCUGAGCUGA